UAACCGCACGCCUCUCUCCCCUCCUGGGACGGAGUGGUGCCCGUCGUUGGGAGUCCUUUUAUAAGCCACGCACGAUCGCGGGCCUUCUCUUCAUUUCAUUCUGCUAAUUUGUUUGGCGGCCCCCCUUUCUCCUCUUCAUUACUAUCACUACUCACUCCCGUCAUUCCCGUAUCAAAGCUCCGUACGAGAUGAGCCCAGAUUGAUUGAGACUUCCCAUGUGAAUCGACGACUCGCUGAGGAGGUUCCGUUCGGCCCUGACUGACAAAAAAUGGCGGAGAUAUGCUGCGGGGUGGUGAGCGAGAGCGAUGCCUCGGGUGCGUGUCAGCCGAGCUCGCGUGAAGCCAGAAGGAGGAGAAUGGAGAUCAGGCGAUUUAAGGUGGUGGAAGGCGAGGAGAAACGCCCCAAACUCCGCCUUGCUCCCCACUCCUUGUCUCGGGACUGUGAGAAUGCCGUGGAGAACUGCGCUACUGAUAUAGAGAAAGCCCUCGCGUUUCUAUCCCCCAACCCAGGAAAAUCAGAGACCCGUGACAAACAAACUUCGGGUGACUCCUUCGACCCAACGUACUCACCAGUUCCUGCGAGUCCGUAUCCUAAAUUCGGGGUUGCAUCGGUGUGUGGAAGGCGAAGAGAUAUGGAGGAUGCUGUGGCUGUCCAUCCCUGGUUUUGCGGGGACCAUCAAGCCUCUGGUGAAUUUCACUACUUUGGAGUCUACGAUGGCCACGGCUGCUCUCAUGUAGCGGCUAAAUGUAAGGACCGAUUGCAUGAGUUGGUGAAAGAAGAGCUAGAGAAACAGGAGUGGUCGAUGUGUUGGGAGGGUGCGAUGGAGCGAAGCUUCUCGCGAAUGGACCAGGAGGUCAUUGCUUGGAAUGCUAAUGCCUUGGAAGCCGAUUGUAGGUGUGAGCUUCAGUCGCCCGAGUGCGACGCCGUUGGAUCUACGGCCGUCAUUGCUAUCUUGACCGCCGACGAGGUUAUCGUUGCCAACUGUGGUGAUUCAAGGGCCGUGCUCUGCCGCAACGGCAAACCCAUCCCUCUCUCCUCCGAUCACAAGCCGGAUCGUCCGGACGAGCUGAACCGGAUCCAUGAAGCUGGAGGACGGGUUAUAUUCUGGGAUGGACCACGCGUUCUGGGAAUGCUUGCGAUGUCAAGAGCCAUAGGUGACAAUUACUUGAAGCCUUACGUGAGCUGCGUGCCGGAGGUGACGAUAACGGAUCGGACGGCGGAGGACGACUGUUUGAUACUGGCAAGUGACGGGUUAUGGGACGUGGUGUCGAAUGAGACAGCGUGUGGGGUGGCACGUAUGUGUCUGCGCGGAAGGAACCACGCGCCACCGAGCCAAGAGGUGGCGUUGGAAUGCGAAAUGGAAGGGGCUGCGACGGAGACGUCAGACAAAGCGUGCUCUGAGGCGUCAACGUUGCUGACGAAGCUUGCUUUGGCCAGGCACUCCACUGACAACGUCAGCGUAGUGGUGGUGGAUCUCAGGACGAGGGCCUGAAAUUAAUUAUCAAUUGAAGGACUACCAAAAGAGAAAACAAGAAGGAAGGCAAAAAAGGAAAAU